ACUGACGGCGACCACAGCAAGGCGGCCUCCGAGGAGAAAACGGGAGGAGACGACAAAGAGGACAAACCGGCAGAGAGGACGGUUGGUCAGGACUCGCCUAAAAGUGAGAGUCAGGCCAAAGAAGCGGAGAAGCCUCCCGAGGGAGAAGACGGCGAGGAGAAGGAAAGCAAAGCAGAUGAGGUGAAAAGCGAGGACGCUGCCACUGCGGACACUCGCCUGAAUGGCGACAAAGACGCGCCGGAUGAAUCGGACGAUGCCAGGAAGGAGGACAAGAACGGAUUCAAAACCAAGUUCAUGUUCAAUAUCGCUGAUGGAGGCUUUACAGAGUUACACACGCUGUGGCAGACGGAGGAGCGGGCGGCGCUGUCGUCCGGCAAGAUGGCCGACAUCUGGCACCGUCGCCAUGACUACUGGCUGCUGGCGGGCAUCGUCACGCACGGCUACGCGCGCUGGCAGGACAUCCAGAACGACCCGCGCUACGCCAUCCUCAAUGAGCCCUUCAAGACCGAGAUGCACAAGGGCAACUACCUGGAGAUGAAGAACAAGUUCCUGGCCCGGCGAUUCAAGUUGCUGGAGCAAGCGCUGGUGAUCGAAGAGCAGCUCCGGCGCGCCGCCUACCUCAACAUGAGCCAGGACCCCGGACACCCCGCCAUGGCUCUCAACACGCGCUUCACCGAGGUGGAGUGUCUGGCCGAGUCACACCAGCACCUGUCCAAAGAGUCCCUGGGCGGGAACAAGCCGGCCAAUGCCGUGCUGCACAAAGUGCUGAACCAGCUGGAGGAGCUCCUUAGCGACAUGAAAGCCGACGUGACGCGGCUGCCCAACAUGUUGUCCCGCAUCCCGCCCGUGUCGGCCCGCCUGCAGAUGUCCGAGCGCAGCAUCCUGAGCCGCCUCACCAGCCGAGGUGGUGAACCUCCCCCGCAGCAGACUUUCAGCCAGGGAGGUUUCACAUGCUCCCAGCUGUACGGAGGCACAUUUGGGGGUGCGUUCAGGGCCUCCGGGGGGCAGCCCAUGGUCAAUUACAGUCAGAUGCCUCUAGGGCCAUAUGUCAGUGUGUCCAACGGUCCUCCCAGCGGCCACCUGGACAAGAAGCCCUUCGAGUCCCUGCGAGACGCGGCCACACCCGACCUGAAGUCCGGCAAAGCCAGCGAUGUCAUCUGCAUCGAGGACUGAGACGCUUUCUCUCUCCUUUUGGUUUUCAUUUGCAGACGUAUUGAAUCUGAAGAAUUGCACUUUUACCUUUGCAGAGGUUUUUUUAACUUGAUAUAUUUAACUGAAAAACCUCCGACAAGAUGUCAGGACUGAGGUAAAAUGUGACUUUGUCCUCUCUUGUUUUUUUUUUUCCAGUGGACAUUUGAAUGCAGUUUUCCUUCAUGUGUUGUUGUCAUUCAUGUCGUGUUGAUUCUUUUUGAAAGCCUCUUCAUGGAUGCAGUAAAUGCCUGAAAGUGCGCCACCGGCUGGUCGCGACGGUCUUUACCUCACGUGGAUGGUCUCAUUGGUGACACCUGCAGGACUCUAGAUGCGUUGCAGCGUGUUUUGUGAGUUCGAUACUUGUGAUGGUUUCGGUUUUGAAUGUUGGCAGCACUCUAAAGACGGGGGUGGGCAACCGAGGGCUGCGGGCCAUAUGUGGGCCCUUGUCGGAACUGAUUGAUUUGCCUUGGUUUGUGGGACUGCUAUUCUGUGAGUGAAGGAUUUUCCUUGAUAUUUAUAUUGAUUCCCCAACACAAAAGAUGCCUUUUCUUUUUGCUUUGACCGUUUUUAAGACUGCGAUGGGACCAUCAAUGCCGUUUUGUCCUCAGUCCUCCGUGAAGAUUUUUGUUUGUGGUUUUGUUUCAAAUCAUGAAUGCUGUCUGCUUUCUAUGCUUGAAACCCUAACUGGCAACCCCGUCUUGAAAUACUAAUUUGGAAGCCGGCUGGUUUUAAGACAGAGAUGGGACCAUCAGAGCUCAGUUUGUCCACAGUCCCGGUUUUGUCAAAUCCAGAAAGCUUUCUGUUUUCUAAACCCUAACCUAAUUCCCGUAUAAGCUCAAGCGUGGCUUUAGUCAUCUUCAGUCAUUUGUGCGUUUUUGGGAUUUGCUUCCCCUUAAAGACUGCAAUGGCAGCAUCAGUGCUUGCCUCCGUCCUCCACGAUCAUUUUAUUAUAUAUAUUUUUCAGUUUAACCUGCAAACCCUAAUUCUGUCUUGAACCCCUACAUUCAAACCCUAACUCAGUUUUAUGACAGCAGUGGGAAGUUUUUGGCUCAUUCCUCCAUGAGCACUUUCAAACUUUUGUGCUUUUUGUGUCAAAUCAUACAUGCCCUCCAUUUUAAAAUCUGCAAACCCUACCACUGUCUUGAGGAAACCCGUGCCCCGUACGAAACACUAACCCGGGUGGUUUUAAGACCACGAUUAACAUGGGCUCCAAUUUCCAUAGACUCACGAUGUUACGGUUUAGCUCCACAAUGCGUAAGAUGUGGUAUGUAAGAAUUGAAAUCAUGUCCACUGUGAGAUGAUUGCGGUGGAACGUCCAGUCAGGUGACCAUCUGCCAUCAUUGUCCUGAUAUGGAAGCGCAAGAAAUCCAGAAUCCCCCUCGCCAGCAUAUUAUUUAUUUCAUUAAACUGUAUUUGUAAUUUUUUUUAUGCACUAUUUAUUGUUUUUGUUGUCGCAAAUGACUCGCUUUGCAGACAAAACCUCAGAAAUGUGUAAAUAAAGCGUCUAAAUUGAAUUAAAAAAAAAACUGAAUGUCCGCCGCGGCGUGACCUUGAGGGGACGUCAGCGACAACCUAUUCUGAUCACAUGCAAUCAAACUGGAGUCGAUGAAUGUACUGUCUACUAAAAACAAACAAACCAAGACUUCAGUCUAAUGUUAUAAAUUUUGCGUAUGUACAUGCUUCUAAUGAACAUGGCUUCAAAAGCUCAAAAAAAUUAAAAGACCAUGACGAGGCACCUUUGGUUGCAGUGAAUGCACAGCUUCUGAAGCUUUUUCUAUGGCGGUUCACUUUGGGGCUCGUGGGGCGUCCCAAGACGCACACGCAGGUUCUUCUUCGGACUUGUGCUGUCAAGCGACUGGACGACCAAGUGAACGGUCAUCUUUUGAUUUGUACUGUGGAUUUGUUUCAUUGUGUUUUAAUAAAUCUUCCGAUGACA